AUGGUAUUUAAGGAGCAAGCGGAUGCUGGAAUAAUUGAGAGAAUUGAAAAUUUAGAUCAAUUCAAGAAGGAGCAUCCAGAGUCCAGUUUCAUGCCUUUUAUGGGCAUUUUUAAGCCUGAUCGUGAGACCACAAAAUGUAGGGUUGUGUUCCUAUCCAAUUUGAGUGACAAAGGAAGUAUGAAUCACAACGAAACUAUGCAUGCAGGUCCAACAUUAAAUCAGAAACUCUCCACUUCCAUUAUCAAUUUGAGGUUCGGAAGCAAACUAUGUUGCUUUGAUAUAAAGAAGGCAUUCAAACAAUAUAGGUUUCUUGAGGAAGUCGACCAAAAUCGCCUUUGUUUUUUGUGGUUUAGAAAUCUUGAAGAGGGAGAUUUUUCAAUUAUUGGCUAUAAGAAUAGUAGACUUCCUUUUGGACUUAGAUGUUCACCUGCAUUAUUAAUGCUUGGAUUAUACAAGAUAUUGAUACUGGAUUCUAAGAAUGAUUCUUUUCCAUUGAUGAAACUCAAGAGAACCAUUUAUCAGUUGUCUUAUAUGGACAACUGUGCAUUUACGGCAGAAACUUCGCAGUGUUUGUUGUGGAUGUAUACAAUGUUGGAGGAUAUUUUCAGUCCAUAUAAGUUUUCACUUCAGCAGUUUUUGUCUAAUGACAUGUCAUUACAGAAAGAAAUUGACAAAAUUCAGGAAACAGAGACUCCAACAAAAAGUAAACUGCUGGGACUUGAGUGGGAUCGAAUGAGUGAUACAUUGUCUACAAAACCCAUACAACUGGAUAUAAAUUCAUCAACAAAAAGAGAAGUUUUAUCUACUAUAGCUUCACAGUUCGAUCUUCUUAAUUUCAACGGACCUAUACGGAAUCGAGCCAGAUUGUUUCUACACAGAUUGCAGUGUAGACCAGAACUAGAUUGGGAUGAAAAACUUACUGCUCCUUUGAUCAAUGAAUGGAAGAAUAUCUGCAAGCAGGCCAAUUCUGCACCUUCUGUAGAGUUCCCACGGAAUUUUGGUGCUCGUACUGACAAAUAUAAAUUGGUUGGGUUUGCUGAUAGUAGUAAGGUUCUGUUUGGCACUGCAGUGUAUCUGUAUAACAUAAAUACAAAUAAGAUCUACUAUAUUUUAGCGAGAAAUAAACUGGUGAGUAAACAAUUGGAGUCAAAAUCCAUACCAAGCUUGGAAUUGCAAGCUCUUGCAUUAACCGUUGAAACUGUAAAGGAUUUGAAGAAUGAACUUUCAGGAUUUGGUUGCAUUGAUCCUAUUGAGAUAGUUGGAUGUGAAGUCUACUCUGAUAGUUUGGUGGUACUGUCCUGGCUGCAGUCUUACGCCUUGAAACUUGACAAACUACAAAAAAAGCAACCCUUUGUACUCAAUAGGUUAGAGUAUAUCAAUAAGCUGUGUGAGGAUUCUUGUAUGAAAUUUUCUUUUGUGUCUGGAGAAGAUAAUCCAGCAGACUGCAUCACCAGACCAUUAUCCUUUAGGCAGCUGAUGAAAACAAACUAUAUAACUGGUCCUAAGUUCAUUACAGAGAGCGAAAGCAAUGUGAUCUGUAGUGACAGCACAUUGUCUUUCAUUAUACCUGGAUUAUUUGAACCAAAACGAGUGUAUAAAGUGGAGACAAAUUGUGGUAGUGCUUGUUCACCUCCGCAUGUGGGCUCGGAACAUCUUUUCUCUUUUAAUAGGGUUUCUAGUUUUGAGAAGGCUGUGAGAGUGCAUGCGGUGGUGCUCAGGUUCUGCAGCAUUUUGAAAUCUAAGUUUAAAAGUAAACAUCCAGCUCUGGAUCAUUUUGAAGUUGAAGAUGAAGGCUUUAACUUUUAUGAUGAAGCUUGUAGGCAGAUUAUAAUCAGGGAUCAACAUAUUCACUUCUCAGAUGUCUUUGAUUAUUUUCAAUCAAAACAGAAGCAGUUGAAGAAUCUGCCUAACAUUGUUGCACAGUUGAACUUGUUUCUUGAUUCGGAUGGCAUGGUGAGGGUAAAGAGUAAAUGCCGAAGAUUGAAGGAAGUCAAUCUUAACAAAUUCAACUAUCCUUUACUAAUAUCGAAGGACAGUAUAUUGGUUCCUCUGAUUAUAAGGGAAUUGCACAUGAAGCUCUCGCAUGCUGGUUGUUAUCCUUUGUUGGCGGAACUUAGAAGAAACUUUUGGAUUACCCAUAUAUACUCGGCUGUGAAGAAAGUUCUGUCAAACUGCAUUACAUGUAAGAGAGUAAAUGAGAGGGUAAUUAAACUAAAUCAAAGUCAUUACCCAGAGUUCAGGAUUAAUCCUGAAAACGUACCGUACAGGCAGAUUUUUAUUGAUCAUACGGGUCCAUUUAAAAUAAGGAAUGAUCAAGGAAAUACUGUCAAGGAACAUGGAAUUAAAUCCUUUAAAUUUGAGCAAUAUUACAACUCGGCUCGUUAG